UCGUCUUUAAUUUGUCGUUGUCAAUUCUGUACAGAACAAAAAGUUUUCCGUAUUUUCUCAUCUCGACACGAGUUCAAUUCAAUUGAAAACACUUUAAACCAAAUUCCAUUGCGAAGUUUUAUUUUUUGGACGUGGUUAAUUUAUUUAUCGUAUGUCCAUCCAGAAUUUAAACACAUUUGACCCCUUUGCUGAUGCAAUCAAGGGUGCUGAUGAUGAUGUACAAGACGGGCUUGUACACAUAAGAAUUCAGCAAAGAAAUGGUCGUAAGACACUAACCACAGUUCAAGGGCUUUCAUCAGAAUAUGACCUGAAAAAAAUCGUCCGAGCAUGUAAGAAGGAAUUCGCAUGCAACGGCACAGUCAUUGAACAUCCAGAAUACGGUGAAGUUCUGCAGCUCCAGGGCGAUCAAAGAGAAAAUAUCUGCCAGUGGUUAACAAAAUCAGGUCUGGCAAAACCCGAUCAGCUGAAGGUGCACGGUUUCUAAGAAAUCAUAUUAACCACGAGCCGUAAAAUGAGAUUUUCCAUUUAUUCAAAUAUUAUGUUAACAAAGAAUAAGGAAUUCUUCGCGUAAUGGUAAUUAAUUAAUUAUUAAAAGAACAAAUCAUAUAAUACAAAGAAAAAAAUUAAAAAAUAAAACAAAUUCUAAAUACAAAAUAAAACUUUAAAGUUUUAAAAUCUGCAAAAAACAAAUACAAAAUAAAAAUAAAAAAUGUUUUCACAUACAAACUAAAAGCGUAUAUAUCGCUUUAUUGAACUUUUUUUUCUUAAAUGAAACUACACCUAACAAAAUAUAUGUAAUAAAUUUUAAUAAAUUUUUAACAAAAAAAAGAAAUAGAUCAACAAACAAACAACAACGCCAACUUCACGUUAUUUUCAAAAAUGGUUAAAUUGAUAUGAAACUUUUAAAUUUAUGUGGAGAUUUUCUUUUUUUUUAACUUUUCAUGAACUUUUCCUGUUUUUUCUUUUUUGUAACUUGAAGUUUUUACCUUUUAUUUCGGUAUAAUUUAUAAAUCCUUUUAAACUUAAUCAGUAUGAUGUUCCAUUUUAUCUCUUAUAAUACCACAGUCAUAAAUAUUGAAUUGACUGAUUGGAAAAUGAGUUAUAUAGAAUUAACAAAAAGUAUUUAAUAAUAAAACAAAAAAAAAGUAAAAUACUAAAGAAGAAAAUACAAACGAGAGAGUUUAAUAAUUAUUCGAAUAGGGUAAUACAUACAUAAAUUUAUUAGUUAAUAGAUAUGAAUGAAGUAAUUAAUAAAACUGUAUUGGAACAUGA